AUGAAUGGUAAUGAUCCAACAUCGGGAACAUUUCCUUGCGACUUCUUACAGGCAUCUUUAAAAGCCACCAACCCGCUCAAUGAAAAUAAUAAUGGACAACGCGAUUCACCCGAUUCAUCGCACAGUGAAAAUAAUUUCCAUUAUCCUUAUCCUCUUCAACCAGAGAUGGCGAAAUCGCUGUCCGGAGGACAAGGCAAAAGGACUAUGGAUGACGUUUUGAGGAGGCUGACAUCAAAAAUCACAUCAAGCGCAACACUCAGUGACAGGCACACCCCUGGUCCACCUCCGCUCAUCCUUGCAGACAUGGGAGACAGAGACUUUUUCAAUCGAAGUCCCACUCCUGGGAGAGUCCCCCCAACGGUGCCAACGUCUAUGCAUUUGAAUAAAGAAAUACCUGCUGAGCAACCCUUGUCAGUAAUGGACAAUGACUGCCUGCGCUUGGCUUUGGCGGGAGACAAUAUCAAGGAGAAGGAAAGAUGCCUUACAGAUAUGAUAAAUCAGCUGCAACAUCUAAAAGAGCAACUGGUUACGCAACAGACGAAUCAAGAACAAAAAAGCUCCUCUCAGCAGCAAAAAGCUAUUCGAAGACAACAAGAUCACUUAUUGAAGCAACAAGAACAAGCACGACAACAACAAAAAUUGCAAGAACAACAGGCAAGAGAAUACAAUAGUCGAUUGAAUGGCGAUUAUGGCGGUGCCUCAGGGAAGGGAUUGCCUGGGACUCCCCGGGGACUUAUGUUUCUCCCUGUCUUCGAAGGGGGUCUUCCUCAAGUCUCGACUCCACUGACCACUACCUCGGGGAUACUGCCGCCUCAUUUCCCUAAUCACCUCAACACAUCGAGUAGUCCCUCAAGACAGUUAUCACCCGUCAACUCAAACUCACAGAACAAUAAUGCUCCCCCAACUGCACUCACGGUUUCUCAUAUGCAGCAUUGGAGUGGUCUUCCCCAUCUCAUCCCUUUGCCAGCGAGUCCAUUGCCGCGGUAUGGUUCCAGUCCUUCAAGUGGAAACAAAACUCCAGUGUCCAAUAAACCCGCCGAUGCAGACACUCCUCUAAAUCUUAGUAAACCAAAGACAUCUGGAAGUAGUGCAAGUCCAAGUCCUCAAUCACUCGAACAUACAUCAACAGGUUCACCCAUCCUCAGUUCUCCCCAUAGUGUUGCAUCUUUAGCCUCCACUGCAGCAGCGUCAGGAUUGUUACAUGGGCCACCUUCAUACCCUAUGGCACCAUCCUUUUUAACAGGUCCAUAUGGUGUUUUACCGCCUCGUUUGCGGGGAUCAGGACAUCUUGGAGGUCUGGUGGCUCAUCCGGCCACUCUAUCUGUGGGAACUUUGAUGAAUGCUGGUGUGAAAGACAGUCUUCCGAUGCCUUUGGGAGCCAGUGACAAGCAGUUCCCUCUUCACAUGUAUCUGCCGCAAGCAGCAUCUCACCCGCCAGUAUCCAAUCGGAAAGACAGCAGCGAUUCGGCACUCAGUGAUACAGACAAGAAAGGUGAAACCAUCAUCACCUGUCAGAGUAAACUUCUGGGAGCAAAAAUUAUUCGUCAAGCUAAAAAGGAAGGAGAUGGAAAACCUCACAUCAAGAGGCCGAUGAAUGCUUUCAUGGUAUGGGCUAAAGACGAAAGACGAAAAAUUCUAAAAGCCUGCCCGGAUAUGCAUAAUUCAAAUAUUUCAAAAAUUUUAGGAGCACGAUGGAAGGCUAUGACUAAUUCUGAGAAGCAACCGUACUAUGAAGAACAAUCUCGUCUUAGUCGGCUGCAUAUGGAGAAGCACCCCGAUUAUAGGUAUCGUCCUAGACCAAAAAGAACAUGUAUCGUAGAUGGGAAGAAACUAAGGAUCUCUGAGUACAAACAGCUCAUGAGAGCCAGGCGACAAGAAAUGAGAAACAUGUGGUAUAGAGAAGGCGGACUUGGUUUACUGGAUUCUCCAACGUUAGUCAAUCCAACAAGUAUGGCUCCAUUGUUAUCAACCAGCAGUGGCCAUCCAACAACAACUACCAAUAUUCUGAAUUCCCUAACAGCAAAAAUGACUUCCUCCACAGCCAAUGGACUUUCAGACUUAAAUCCUUUGGACCCAUCGACAUCUGUCCACCAACCCAUGACCGCACUUUCAGCAGUAACCCCAGAAAACAAUUCUUCCCCGGUGUCAGAAUCUUCUUCAGCGAUGGAAGCGUCAACUUAAAAGUACCGAAAAAUGCUAAAAAUAAGUAAUAAUAGCGAAGUAAUCAACUGGAAUGGAUUCUGGAUAAUGCUCUUCUUUUUCCAGCAAUUACGAAUUCGCAGACUUGGAUUUUUUCAGAAGGAAUCGAAUCUGUAAAUAUGAGAUAAUGUUCUGAUGGAAUGUUUGUGCAAUCUUUUGUAAGCAUCUUUGUUAACAGUAUGGUUUGAAAAGUGACUGAAAGAAUUCUUGAAAAGAAAAGUACUUUCACCCGAAAUAUCAUGAGAUAUUGGUAAAUAACAAACGUGAUAUUUAUAGACAAAUGAAAAUUGAUACGUAAAUAAUGAACAAUUUCUACAGUCGAAUGUCUACUUUGAAAAACUGUUAAAUGUUGCCAUUCGAAGUGACUUCGAGGAGAAACUGUUCCAUAUAAUGAUGUUUUUCGCUGAUUGAAAGUGUUAUACAUAGUUUUUCUAAGUGUGUGGAACGUGGAAAUAUUUUUAUCACACGCUCAGUGUUAUUAUUUACUUCUAGUCAGCGACAGUGAUACGCAUAAUUUAUUUGCUUUUAGAAGUAAGACCAAAUAUUUUUUUCACUGUCAUUUGUUAUAGGAGUUUUUUGGUGUUCGUAACUCAUUUUAUCUCCAUUU